AGUGUAAACGUUGCUAACCCCAUUGACCGUGUUUAACCGUGUAGAGCGCAUUAAUUUCUAGUCAAGCAGAAAAGGGCAUUGCUAUAUUCCACAGAUGAAGUUUGAAAGUUUCGCAACGACAGUAGCUUGGAGAAGGAAAUAAUAGUGAAAGUCCCUAGAUUCUUAGGAUUCUUAAGAUUCUUCAUUUUAUGGAAUACAUCCAUUAAAAUCCCAGCUUGUGAAGGCAUGUUUGCUGAAGCAGUGAGGCUAAGUCCUAGUUCCUUGAUUAAUUCAUGCUUGCAAAUGAGGAGCAUUUUACUAACUCUCCACAAUAUUUGUGCCACGCCCAAGAAGAUUCUGAAUGUCAUUUUAGAGGCAGCCCAUGUAUUUACCUAAACACCUGCAGAAUAUCUCGAUGGUUUCUCUCUAAAGACAACAAAACAUCCAUUGGAAGUCCCUAUGUGGCUUUGCAUGAUUACCUUACUUUACACUUUAAAAUAUCUGCAGCUUUCUGUGCAAGAUUUUUGUUCACAGUGGAUGUAGGAACGAAAGGGUAAAUAAAUGACGUCAGAGUAACCACAUUUAAGGGCGGGGCUUAAGAUUCAUUCACCAACCUGAAAGCAACUCUUAAUCCGGGCUCCCCGCACGGAGCUGGACCAAUCCGAGGAGGGCGCGGGAACUUUUGAAUGCUCUUGGGUCCAAUGGUUGGCGGUCCGGCUGUAUAAAAGAAGGAGGGCUGUGUGCCUCUCACCGCUUUCGGUGAAGACACUCUCGGCCUGCUUGGGGGAUGGCUCGCACGAAGCAGACGGCGCGCAAAUCGACGGGCGGCAAGGCCCCGCGCAAGCAGCUGGCCACCAAGGCGGCCCGCAAGAGCGCGCCGGCCACCGGCGGCGUCAAGAAGCCGCACCGCUACCGGCCCGGCACGGUGGCCCUGCGCGAGAUCCGCCGCUACCAGAAGUCCACCGAGCUGCUGAUCCGCAAGCUGCCGUUCCAGCGGCUGGUGCGCGAGAUCGCGCAGGACUUCAAGACCGACCUGCGCUUCCAGAGCUCGGCCGUGAUGGCGCUGCAGGAGGCGUGCGAGGCCUACCUGGUGGGGCUCUUCGAGGACACCAACCUGUGCGCCAUCCACGCAGCUAUGUCAGGCCGGGGCAAAGGCGGGAAGGGUCUAGGCAAAGGGGGCGCUAAGCGCCACCGCAAGGUGCUGCGCGACAACAUCCAGGGCAUCACGAAGCCCGCCAUCCGGCGGCUGGCCCGGCGCGGCGGCGUCAAGCGCAUCUCCGGCCUCAUCUACGAGGAGACCCGCGGGGUGCUCAAGGUGUUCCUGGAGAACGUGAUCCGGGACGCCGUCACCUACACGGAGCACGCCAAGCGCAAGACGGUCACGGCCAUGGACGUGGUGUACGCGCUCAAGCGCCAGGGCCGCACCCUCUACGGCUUCGGGGGUUAAGCCUUCGUCCCCACUUUUUCUCUAUAAAAGGUCCUUUUCAGGGCCGCCCACUUACUCUCAAAAGAGUUGUACGCGUCUCCUCCCUACUCUCCAGUUGUGCUCAUGUUGGGAAGGCUCAUCCGGCCUACCUGCUAAGGCUUCGGCUUUCGUCUUAGGCAUAAACUGAGACACUCCAUUCUCCCUCUCCACCAAUCAGCUCGCAGCACAGUGCGAGGCGCAGGCCGCGGGCCAAUCCGGAGCAGGGGCUGGCCGAGGAAAGCCAAUGGGGAGGCGUCUGAAGGUCCCGGCCCACGGCUUUCUGGGGAAGGAGUCGGCCUCCCCCUCGUCGUUUUCCACCAAGAGGCCAUCUUGGCCGGCGGCCGUGCUUCAGUCGCUGUAGAAUGCGUUGGUCCGGGGAGGCUCCGGUGGAUAUCCGUACUAAUUCCCAGAGCGUGCUCCCGCCUCUGGAAGCCAGGGAUGGCCCGAGAAGUCUCUUCGUUAUCUUGUGAUUGCCCCCAGCGAUGCCCGGACAGAGGACGACACAGGCUUUCCCCGUCCGCGCUGACAUCCGCCACCUCUAUCUCCGGGGUUGGAGCCGGUGAGGGUGAGGUCGGCCCACAGCCUUCCGCAGACGGUGUCUUUGAACUUAAGAUGACUUGGCAUUGCAGGUUUGCGUCCGCAGGCCGCGCGCCUUCGCUAAACCUUUGGCUUGGGGAAAUUGCCAUUUACUAGAUUAAAGGGAGUCUGUUCUU